AUGGCUACCAAAAACGAAUUGGCAACAGUAACUGUUCGGUGCACUCCAGACAAUGUUCAUGCUGUUGCUGGUGUUUUAAAUACUAAGAGAGCACGUUUCGAUAUCGAAACGAAAAGCAAUGAUACAAAAUGUCAACGAACACCUCUCAAUUUGGCUCUUAUUCUCGAUCGUAGUGGUUCAAUGGAAAGUAAUAACAAAUUAACUUUCGCAAAAAGAGCAGUCUGUUCCGUACUCAAUCUACUUCAUGAUGACGAUGUUGUUCAUUUGGUCGCCUAUGAUACGGAUGUCUCUAUCAUAUUUGAAAAUGCACGAGCCUCUACUCGUCAAUUUCUUCAUCCACUUGUUGAUCAGAUAAGAACGGCUGGCUCAACUAAUCUUUCUGGUGGUAUUAAAACUGGAGCCAGUUUGCUUGAAAAGUAUCCAUAUUCAGGAUACUCACGUCGUAUGUUCAUUUUUUCCGAUGGACAAGCGAAUGUUGGAUUGAAAACACGAGCUGAACUGACAAAUCUCGUUGCUGGAUACAAUAACAAAGGAAUCAUCACCGAUUCAUUUGGUAUCGGUGCUGAUUUCGAUGCUGAAAUCAUGAAAGGUAUUGCUGAUACAGGUGGUGCUAAAUUUUUCUUCCUUGAAUCUGCCCAAGUUAUUGAGCCAUUAGUAACUAAAGCUCUGAUGAGUGUGUUUAACGUCUGUGGAUCUCAGGCUCGUCUUAUCGUACGCGGUAAAAAUGGUGCUAUUGUGACUAAAAUAUGGGGUCAUGACAAUAUUAUCGCGGGUGCCAAUCUUGGUGAUCUUCAUAGUGACAAUCUAAGAUCCAUUUUGUGUGAUUUUACCGUUGCUGGAACAGCGAAUGUGGAUGGAAGUGACACAGAGACACUCGUCUACGAAUUACAAUAUAACCGACCUGAUGAUCUUGCUAGUGAGCCAAUCGUGAUCAAAGGCAGUCUCGCACUAAAGUUCGUGGAAGACGGAUCGCUUGUCACAUUGAUUGAUCCUCGAGUGAAGACCAUGCAUGCCAUUCAGGUGGCUGCCGAUAUGGAUUCAAGAAUUGCUGAACUAGUUAAGGCACGCAAAUUGGAAGAUGCAACUGGCCUUUUGAGGCAACAAAUUGAGCUACUCAAAGAUGUCGAGAGUCUUGAUGAUGAAAAAGGCAUGAUUCGAACUUUGAUUCGAAUGGCUGAAAAUAUGCACAAUAAGCUACAAGAAGAAGAUGUAGACGAAGAACUCAUGUAUCAUGGCUGUCAUCAUCAAAGUUAUUUGAAACGACAAGCUUCCUGUGAAUACAUGGAGCAUUAUGAUGAUUAG